UACCUUACAAUCGUAUGUAAAACAACUCACGUGAUCCAAAUUCUACAGGAACUGGAGCGUUGCACGAUUUGUCGAGCAGGAUGGUGCUGAAGGUAAAUGUGGAAUACUGUGGCUCCUGAGGGUAUGAGCCCCGCUAUCGGGAGCUGGCUGGUGUCAUCUUGGCUGAGUUCCCUGAUGCGGAAGUGCACGGUGCUGUUGGCAGAUCAGGCAGCUUUGAAAUAGUCAUAAAUGGGCAGCUUGUCUUCUCCAAGCUUGAAACUAGUGGCUUUCCUUAUGAGGAUGAUAUCAUGGAGGCCCUUCAGAAGGCGGAUGCUGGAGAGGCAGUAGAGAAGAUCACCAAGAGCCGACCUCCCUGCGUCAUCCUCUAAUUGGUACCCGGCAGACCUGCAGCAGUGUGUCUCUGUAGCAUUUUAUUUUUAUAUAAGGAAUGCGCAUGUCUAAUGCAGACUGUCGUCGUAGUAGGUGAAACGCAAAAGAAAUGCACUUUGUGUGUAAUGAUUAGAGUACCGGCGUAAAUGAUUUAUCAAAACUAUGCGUUCCUUUUUUUUCUGUCUCAUGUUAACGUAACACUAGAGCGAGGCACAUUGGACAACUUGCAAAUGCUGGAUGAGUGCUGUAUUCAGGGUUACUUCAUUUAGUCUGCCAAGUCUUUCAUGACUAUUUUAACUGAAAAUUACAAGGUUAGAAUAUGAUGCAGUAGUCUUGGCUUGGACUAUUGGAGUACACCCAGAGUAUGCAAAAAUGACACAACCUAUUAAACAUUAUAGUGAUCAUGAGAAUAGCAAGAUUCUUGAAAUAAAGGAUUUCCUGUGGUUAAAGUUUUAAA